AUGUCUCAGAACAUUUACGACAAUGCCAGAUUCUUUGCUGAGUAUUCCUCGCUGGAUCGAUCUGUUAAGGGUCUCGAUGCGGCCCCAGAAUGGCCGCGGUUGAGAUCUUACAUCCCAGACCUCAAAGGCCUUGACGUCCUUGAUCUUGGCUGCGGCUUUGGAUGGUUCGCUCGCUGGGCACGAAGCACUAGAGCUAACUCCGUUCGAGGGCUCGAAAUUUCCGAGAAUAUGCUCAAUCGAGCACGAUCCAUGACCAAUGACACAAAGAUCAUCUAUACACAAGCUGAUCUCGACAACACCAACCUUUUGGAACAUGGUAGCGGCAUAUAUGACGUGGUGUUUAGCUCAUUAACGCUCCACUACCUUGCGAAUCUGCCCGCGCUCAUACAACAAGUGCAGAGUGUUCUCAAGCCAGGAGGGACUUUUGUCUUUUCUAUUGAGCACCUCAUAUACACAGCGCCAAGCAAAGCCGAAUUCAUCACUGAUGAGGCAUCGGGACGAGAAUACUGGCCGCAUGAUAACUAUCAGAAGGAGGGCCUUCGGGUAACACAUUGGCUUGGGGCGGAAGGAGUUCAGAAACAGCACAGGACUACCGCGCUAGUUAUGUUAACCUUCUUCUCAAGGCAGGGUUUCAGAUAA